GAUCUGGCGAAAGAACGAAACAGCGAACGUUACUUGGAACGGAACUUUGCCGGCAUGUUGGCGUUAUAAAUGUUUUCUUGUCUUGUUUAAUUUUAUAUAUCACCAAGAAGUGGAGUCUUUAAAAGCAUUUUCUUGCAUCAAGUGUCCUAAAUGUAAAUAGUGAAAUGUUCUAAAAUCAAUUCAGACAAAUAAUUUUCGUUAAAAUUUUUAAUUAAAAUGGAGGACUCUUUUGUUUUUGCAAGUGUUCUCACUGAAGAAGAAUGGCAAACGGUUCCUAACGAUUUAGGAAAAAGACUUGAAAAAUUUGUUUCCGAUAAGUUUGGGGAAUUUAUAACUGCAAAGGCAUUAUUGGAAACAAAAUGUUUCAAUUUAGAAAAAGCUGAAACAGAUUUUGCAACAUUGAACGAAAAACUAGAACUUGAAUGCCAAUCGUUAAAAUCAAAAUUAGAAAUUGCUACAAACACCAUAAAAGAACAUGAGGAGCAAUUAUCUAAUUUAUCGGCCGAAAUUAACAAACUUCAUACCAAAUGCAAUACACUGGAGGCAGAAACAGCUGAUUAUAGACAUCAGCGAAAUCUGGCAAUUGAUGAAAGAGAUGAACAAAUCAAAAUGAUGAACAGACGUAAUUCAGAAAUCGAAAGACUCCAAUCUGAUCUCAAUACCAUAACAAAACAGUUAGGAGAGGCUAUAAACGCUAAAUGCGAAGCGAUAGCUUCCUCUGAAGAAGUUGCCUCUAUGAAAAUGAAUAUAGAAUAUCGCGAAAAACGAUUAGAACAAGAAAGAUCAUUAUUAAACAAGCAAAGGGACAGCCUAACAGAGGAACUUAAUCAAAGAACGGAAGAAUUGCUUAAUAUGAGAAGAGACAAUACCUCAAUUUGUAUACAACUUGAAACGAAACUUACUCAAAAGACGCAAGAAUUGGCUGUGGCUACUGAACAGAUCAAAUCUCUUACUGAUUUAAACACUAAUCUUAGUGUUAGAAAUGAAGAACUCUCCGAAAAAAUGGCGAAUCAAAGAGAUGUUGAUGCUAAGAUGAGUGAAUCUUAUGUCUAUGAAAUUGAAGCUAAAACAAAAAUGGCUAACGCCUAUAAAUCGAUGUAUGAAGAACUACAACAACAUGCUGAAGAACUUAAAGAAGCUCUUUCUGAGGUACAACAAUUAUUAAAAACAGCCACUGAGGAAUAUGGCGAAUUGGAAACUAAACACAAAGAAACUCAAUUAGCUAAUGAAGAAAUUAUAUCCAAAAAGAAUGAUUGUAUUGAAUUAUUGAAAAAAGAAUUAGAAACUGCUAAUGAAGUAUUUGAAAAUUCCAGGACGGAAAUAAAUGGAGAAGGUCUAACAUCUGGUGUGGGGUCAACAUCAAAGUUAAUAAAGUCAGGAAUGUCUUAUUCGGAAUUAUAUUCUCGCUAUGUCAAUCUAUCAGACAAAUUUACAAAUAAAGAAGAAGAAUGUUCUAGAUUAAAUAAUUAUAUUGAAGCUAUUGUUCGUGAAAUGGAGGGCAAUUAUCCAAAAUUAAGAAAACUACAUGAAGAUUACAGUGACAGCAUUUCAGCCAUAGAUGCUCUUAAAGAAGCAAAUGAUCAGUUACUAAAUGAAGUGCAACUACUGCGGGAUGCCAAUGCUCAAUGCAAAAAAGCAGAAGGAAUACAAUCAAGAGAAAAUGAUAGACUUAAGAAGGAAGUUGCUGAUUUAUCCAGACAAGUAGUUGUUUUGUUACAGGAAGUUGAAAAUUCUCGUGUGGGCUCAUCUUCAACAUCCACAGAUAACGAUUUAAGUGAUAGCAUUAAUUCGGCAGAUAUUAUUAGUAAAAAAUUGGUUACAUUUAACGAUAUAUCUGAAUUGCAAUCCAAUAACAUUAAAUUGCUAGCUCUAGUAAGAGAAUUAUCUGAACGUCAAGAAGAGGUUGAAAGCUUAGAUCCAGCUGCAAUUGCAAAUCUGAAAGCCAAAUUAGAAGAUCUCAACCAGUCGCAAAAUGAGUUACUAGAGGAACGUGAUCGCCAAACUAAAAUGAUGGUAACUCUUCGCAAUCAAAAAGAUAUGUACAAGAAUUUGUAUGCUCAGGCUGUUAAAAGCACUGGAGAGGAUAUUCAAGAUACAACGUUCCUCUCAGACAAUGGAGAACCUAAAACUAGAACAGAAACUGAAACACAAUUAGAAGAAAAAGUUCACGAAUUAGAAGCCCAAGUUGAAAAGUUAACAAAACAGGUUGAACAUCUGAAAGAAGAGAAUGAAACGUACCGUAAAGAAAAAUCUGCAAACGAAAAAAUUUUACUUGAACAAUUAGAAAAUAUGAGAGGGGAAGUAAAAGAAUUAACUAGACUAAAUUGCAAGUUAAGUUCUCAUGCUGAUCUUAAUGAAGAAAAAUUCAAAAUUCUCAAUAACAACAUGGAAAUUUAUAAAAAACAAAUUACUGCUUUAGAAAAACAAAACAAAAUCUACAGUGAGGCUAUCAUCAAACAUGAACAAGCAGCUACUUAUUUAAAAAAUGAGACUUUACAAUGUCAAACAAAACUUUCCACUGCUGAAGUAAUGCUGGGCAAUCUUCAAAAGGAAAAUGCACUUCUUAAAGAUGCUGAACAUAGAUUACUCAAAGAAAGAGAAUCAUUAAAGCGCGAUUCGCACCAACAAAAUCUUAUCAAAUCUAACAUAGAACUGAUUAAGGCAACUCUGGAACGAACUGACGCAGAAAGUAAGUUGAGAUUAGAGGCAAGACUUGAUGAAGCUCAUAGGGAAUGUGCAGCUUUGCGAAGAAGAUUACAGGAAGAGCAAGAUCACUUCAGACAGUUAUCAGAUCAUUUAUCGCAACAAACAAAGGCAGCACAAGCUCGAGUGGAAGAAGAACGUGAAAUUGCGGAGAGACUACGCAAAGAAGUGGCAGAGGUUAGGGAGGAUCUCAUCUCCAAAACCACCCAAAAUGAGGAAUUGAGUAAAAAAUUAAAAAGCGGAUUAUUUGUUAUGCCCGAUAUGAACGCUGAGACGCGUAAAGUUAGGGAAUUGGACCAACAAGUAUCUGAUUUACAAGCUGAGAUUGAAUCGUUGAAAAAGAAAUUGAAAACUGCUAAAGAUGCAUCUGAUGAGUACUUCCAGGUUGCUGAGUCUUCAGAAAAACAAGUUCAAGAUGCUAUGGAAAGAAAUGAAUCUUUAUUGCAAGAAGUUGAAAAGCAAAAAUCGAGAAUCAAGGAACUAGAAGAAAAAUGUUAUGAAUUGGAAGGAGAACUUUCUAUCCAAUUAGAUGAUCAAGACAUUAUGAAUGCUGGUAUAAAGAGUAAGUCUACACAACUUCAAGAAGAAUUGAAUAUAAAAAAUUUGGAUUUACGAACUGCUAAAGAACAACUUGAAAAUGCCAGAUCUGAAAAUAAACAAUUAAUCGAACAACUGAAAGCUGUAGAAAAUAAAUAUGCUAGAGAAGUUACUUUACAUUCAGUUGAUUUGCAGUCCCUUACGACAAUGAAAGAUAAUCUUGAACAAACACUUAGUGAAAUUAAUACUCUACAGAAUGACAGGGAAAAUGCUAUUAGCAGUUUAGAACAGUUUAAAUCUGAUUGGGAAAAACAGGAGAUACUCUUCAAAAAUGAAAAAAUCGAGUUAGAAACCAGAUUUAAUGAUAUGGAGGCCCAAAAUAGUUUGUUACAUGACCAGAUUCAAGCUCUUAAUACACAACUUGGAAUAAUACAGGCUCAAGCCACUGACUCUCAGAACACAUCUAUGGGUGAUAGUUCUUUCAAUAGAUCUUUCACUGAAGAUGAAGUUAAGUCUUCAGAACAGUUAUUGAAGAUAAUUAAAUAUCUUAGACAAGAAAAAGAUAUUGCUGUGAGUAAAGCAGAUAUUAUCGAUGCCGAAUAUUCUAGACUAAAAUCUCAAUUCGAAAUGCUCAAGAAACAGAGCGAAGAGGCCAAAUCAGUUCUUGAAACGGAACGACAAAAAACUGAAAUUUCAGUUGUAUCGGCAGCUAAACAUGCUGAAGUUUUGCGCAAACUUGAAACACUCAAUGCCAUUACUGAUAGUAACAGGACAUUAAGACAAGAGCGUGAUACUCUUGUUGCACAAAUUACAGAUUUGCGAUCGCGCGCGGAGACUUUCGAGACGGAAGUUGAGCCCUUACAAGAGAAGAACAGAGAAUUAACAACAAAAGCAGAUCAAUUACAAAGUGAAAACAUUUCGCUUAGAGCUGAAUGUACUAGAUGGAGACAAAGAGCUAAUAUGCUUAUAGAAAAAACCAAUAGAACCAGCCCAGAAGAUUGGAAGAAACUGCAAGCAGAACGCGAAACUCUUGCUAAACAUUUGACUAUCGAAAGAGCCAAUGUUACUAAAUUAACUGAUGACGUUAACAAUUUGAAGCAAGAUAAGAGCAAACUUGAAGAGCAAUUGAAGGCUUUACGAAACCAGAAUAAUAAUCAAGCAGAGGAACUAGCCAGACUGCGGGAAGAAGUCACAAACUUACAAACACAAGUCACACAACUUACGAAUACAGUGGACCAACAGAGUGCCGAAAUAAUUAAAUACAGAGAAGAAAAUCGAGUACUCACUGAAGAUACUGCUGCAAAAGACGUUAACUUAACAGAACUGAAAAAUAAUCUAGCUCAAGUAAGAAAGAUCGCUAAGAAAUAUAAAAUUCAAUGCGAAGAUCAAAAUAAAGAAAUUGAUAACUUUAAACAACAGCAACAGCAGCAUGAAAGUGACCAACUGUCAAGUACUGAGAAACAAGAACAGUUAGAAACUCAACGUUCGGAAUUAGAAGAGAGAGUGACUCAAUUAGAAAAUACCCACAAAGAAGCUGUUGAGCAGUUGAAUCAAGAAAUUUCAUCCACAACUGAGCAGAUCGACAACUACAAGAAAGAGAUAGAAAAUUUGAAACAAACUAGCCAAGAAAAGGAAGAAAGAUUUAAAACGUUAUUUAAGAAUGCAAAAGAAAGAAUAAUGAGUCUGACAGAGCAAAACAUAGGUCUAAAAGAAGAACUUAGAAGACAAGAUAAUCCUGUAAGAUCUGAUGGAGGUGAACCAUCAAACAAAGAUUCUAACAGAAAUACAGAACUUUUAGAGAAAAUCGCUGCAUUGGAAAGAGAAAGGGAUGAUAUUUUAGAAGAGCGUCAACAAGAACAAGACAGACAUGCAACCGAAUUGGAAACCUUAAAUCAGAGGAUUCUUCAGCUGCAAAGACAGUCUGGUCACCAACAAGGUUCAAAACCAAGUACAAGUUCUAGCUCUUCUGAAAAGUCUUCCACAGAGAGGCCUACUGCUGACAUUAAACCAAUGGCAGGGCAUUCUACAAAUACUCAAACCCAAUCGGUUCCAAUUCAACCAUGGAGAAGUGGUGGUGAACCACCACUUGCAAGUAUAAGGCCAAUGUCUGCCCAGUUAAGAACUGUUGCAGUGUUGCCUACUAGUCAAAGUCCCAGUGCUGUUAUGGUGCCUCCACAGCAACAAGUUCACACAACAGGCUCCAGUUCCAUAGAAGCCCUAUCGAGCAGCCCUACAAGUUCGCAUACUGAAUAUGUUCCAGCAACUAGUUCUGCAAGUCCGGCCAUGUUAGGUCCCCGUCAAGUUGCAGUGCCACCUACCCAAUCUUCCCAGGAUACAGAAGAUGAAGAGAGUAACAUGCAAGUUCAAGCAGCUCCUCAAGCUCAAGCUGUAGCUCUGGUACUACCAAGAGUAGAACCUCCUAGUGGUAGUAGUGGCCCUACACAAGAGCAAGGCACAAGUAGCAGUAGUUCUAAUACUGUUACCACGACGCAGGCAGGUCACAAAAGACAACGAGAUGCUGACAUGGAUAGUUCUCAAUCUGAUGAUCAAAGUAAAACUUUGCAACAGACUAAAAGAACUAGAGUUCAGCAGGCAGGUACUGUUAGCGAUAGUGGUCUGGAUGUAGAGUAUCAAGUUCCUACUAGCAGUCAAAGGGACCAUGAUGACGAUAACGUUAUUGUGGUUGAAAGUGAUGAAGAAGGUGGUGCUGAUGAAGGUGAAGGUGCCGACGAUGAUCAAGAUGACCCAGAUGACACUGAAGGCUAUGACAUGGAAGGCAUGGAGCAAGAUAAUUAUGAAGACGCUGAUUGUCCUGACGUUGAGGACGAUGAAGAAGAGGCGGGCAAUGAGGUUGAAGUGAUGGACGAUUCUAGUGAAGUGCCAAAUCAGAGUGAGAGGUCAGUUCAUGAUAAUGUAGAGGAAGAAAAUUCAGAACAACCCCAAUCAGAAGCAAUUAGUAGUGGAACUGAUGGUACGGGCAGGAGUGUUCCAACUACGCCGUUGCAAAGCUCACCUCAAGAGGGAAUCCCCGGUAAUGAGGAGCAGGGUGCAAGCCACACAACACAGUCAGACGCAGAAAGUCCAACGAUUCCAAUAGGUAGGGAAGUUGACGACAGCGAAACCGGUGGUGAGGGAAGUUCAGGUGAUAUGGGACCUCCCGGUAUCGCAGGAACAUCUUCAGAGAGCACUCAGCAGCUAGAACAAAGCGAGGAGAUGCUCGAAGGAGAUGACGGCGUGAGUUCAGAAGGCGAAAAACCGCCGCUGGCUGAGGAAGGCGAGGAAGAAGGUCGAGAGGCUGAGGCGUCGCCCAGCACGAAUUCAAGAAACAUGACGAGAGGAUCCACUGCACGUAGGUCUGUAAGAUCGUCAAUACCCAGAGGGGGCCAUCCUCAUAGAACUGGACCCACGCCUAUUAUCUGGGGUGAUAGAUCCCCACAAAGACAUCAAGAUAGAGGCAGAGGGUCUCCGACAGGGAACUAUCAAGCAAGGACAGUAGCUAGAAGGGCAAGGGGUCGUAUGCAAAGGCCAUUUGGACGUUUCUAAUUACACAUUUUCAUAGAAUACAUCAUUCCAUUGAACAUGUAAUCUGUUAAGGAUCAUUUCUCGAUUUUGGUUUUAAGUUUAUAGUUCGUUUUAUUUUUGAUAGAUCUUUUGUCUUCAAAUAUUGUGUUUUUACUUUUCGUUUGUAAAAUAUGAAGUCUCCAUGUUGACUGAAAUGGUUUAAUAUCUAAUUUAUUAGAGACGUUUAGGAGUAUACUAUGUGUAAGCUUUUAAAAUAAAUAUAGUAUUAUUUACGUACA